CCUGUAUAUGGAAUCAUGUCAAGUAAAAUUUUAAGAUCUAUCGGCCUGCUCGCAGUCGGUACAAUAUCGGGUGUUUCUUUGACACACUUGUAUAUCAAAACUGCGCAAGAACCUGCGAAUGCUGUUGAGUUUUCUCGUAGGUCAAGAACGGACCCUACGGUACGUCCAGAUGAUACAAAUUACGACUUUGAUCCAGCGAAGUUUCUGCAGUAUGGAGUUCCUGGUCCCGUAGCGGAUCAAAGAAUCGCUCAUGGGUACAUGUCUGUGUUUGAUAGAAGAACACGCAACCCUUAUUAUACCGCCGAAACAAUUACAGAGGAAUUGUUAGAGCAAAGAAAAGGAAAUCGCAAAUACUCUGAGUUUCAUGUUGAUUCCAAUAUUCCUGAAAUGUUUCAAGCUAAGCUUUCAGAUUACAGGGGUAGUGGUUAUGAUCGUGGCCAUCAAACUCCUGCAGCAGACUGUAAAUUCUCUCAAGAAGCCAUGAAUGACACAUUUUUGUUGUCUAAUAUGUGUCCUCAAGUUGGUGACGGGUUCAACAGAAACUACUGGGCAUAUCUCGAAGAAUGGUGCAGAUCCCUUACCAAAAAGUACGAGUCCGUCAGUAUCAUGACAGGACCAUUAUACCUCCCACAGAAGAAUGAAAGAGGACAAUGGGAGGUCCGUUAUCGGAUGAUUGGAAAUCCCCCCAAUGUAGCCGUCCCCACUCACUUUUUCAAAGUCAUCAUUGCUAAAGAGAAAGGUAAAGACAGCAUGAAGCCUGCUGUAGCUGCCUUUGUCCUUCCCAAUAAGCCUAUUGCUGACAACUUUCCUUUGAAGAACUUCUUAGUCCCUGUGGAAGUUGUCGAACGCUCCAGUGGAUUGGAAAUUCUUCAAAAGGUCCCCAAAAGUAAUCGACAAGAGCUUUGCAAGCAGAUUGAAUGCAAACUCAACGCCAAAGCAUUCCUUGAAGAAGUUCAGCGAAAGCAAAACAAGUCUUGAUAUGCUCUACUAGAGAAAUGAGGAGCAGCUAAUGUUUCAAGCAAUAUUGUAUUAGAUAUUCCUAACCAACCCCCUCUUUUUAGUAUACUUAAGUAUAUAUAAAGAUACUCUUGGUCAGUCGACUAUAACCCAUAAAAAAUUGAAAGCAUUUAUUGACUAGUAAAUAUAUUGAGCGUAUGUCCUAUGAAGCUACUGAAGAUUUUUUUGUUCAUGUUGCAUACG